UUCCCUACAUUUUCAUACAAUUUACAAAAAUUAUAAAUUAAAAAAUUCUCAAGAUUUCCAGUUUCAUCUCUUCACCACCCACCCUUAUCUCUGUUUCUUGUAUUGGUUAGGACUAGAAUAUGAGAACUCUUGUUGUCGAAUUGCAUGCUUUUGUUCCUUAAGGUUAAAUGUGCUUAAUCAGAAUUGCAAUGAGCAAUGAGCAAUGAAAUCGAUGAACUAAACAGCUGGAAUUUUGCAUUCAAGGUUUGUUCGUCGUGCUUCUGAAAGCUAGGUUCAUGUCUGAUCUCGAUAUCCAAGUCCCUACCACCUUUGAUCCGUUCGCUGAUGCAAAUGCUCAGAACUCAGGCGCUGGUGCGAAGGAGUAUGUGCAUAUCCGCGUUCAGCAGAGAAAUGGAAGGAAAAGUCUGACCACCGUUCAAGGCCUGAAGAAAGAAUUCAGCUACAACAAGAUUCUCAAGGACCUCAAGAAAGAGUUCUGUUGCAAUGGUACCGUUGUGCAAGAUCCAGAACUCGGACAGGUUAUCCAGCUUCAGGGCGAUCAGCGGAAGAACGUGUCAACCUUUCUCAUACAGGCUGGCAUUGUGAAGAAGGAUAACAUCAAGAUUCAUGGUUUCUAAACACAAUCAAAGAGAGGGGAUUGAUUCACAUUUUGUGAUUGCAACAUUCACAGUUUGUUUACAUUACAUCAAGCGCGCUACGAGCAACGUUUUUUUCUGAGUUUUAACACAUUUUUUCUUCAAUAUAUAUAUGGCAGAAGCUUGGUAUAUUAGUAGCUUGUUGAUGAUCAGUAUAUAUCAAAAGUUGUAUGGUGAAUCCCCAAUGGAGAUGGAGAAUCAGCCCAAAAGUUUACAAGAUCAUUAUAUUCUAUUUUGGAUGAACAUUAUAGUAUUUGUCAUUUUGUAUAUAGUUUACUUAUACCAUCAAUAUACAUUUGCUUAUUUCAUGAGCUUCUUGUUGGUGCUUAAUGUAUUAACUAUUUCGUCCGUUUCAA